AUGGAGGACGCUAUCGCGAUGCAUUCAUCUCUAGAUAUCAGAUUAACACACAUACAUGACGAAGACUCAAGACAAGAAUGCCUUAUCAUCGGAGGCUCCACUUGCCCCGUCACUGUCGAACGCAAUGUUCGCUCCGACCUCGACACCACACUUCCAAAGCCUUACUUGGAUAGAGGGUCGACUGCUCCUGAUAUGGACCAUCCACAAGGAACAAUAGGGCACCCUCAAUAUGGCAUGAGUGUACUCCAGCAACAUGCUUCCUUCUUUGAUCAAGAUGACAAUGAAAUAGUCAUCUUUCGGUGCCAGGGCUUGCGUUGUCUAACAAUGACAGUAGGCUCAAUUACGAGAAAUGUAUUUCUCGCAUUUGGUAUUUCUCACAUUUGCUGCCAAAAUGUUGAAGCGAGGUUAGUGUUUUCAUCUUCUAUACAAUUCUCUGUUAACUACAUGCUUGAUACUUGA